AGUUUACAAAGUGCAGCCAGGAGGGCAGGAACGAGUUGUGCGAACUGCAAAACGACGACAACGACGCUCUGGCGACGGAAUCAAAAUGGGGAACCAGUGUGCAAUGCCUGCGGACUUUACUACAAACUACACAAUGUAAACCGACCGCUCACCAUGAAAAAGGAGGGCAUCCAGACCAGAAAUCGAAAGUUAUCCUCGAAGAGUAAAAAGAAAAAGUCUGGAGCUUCCUGUUUGUCGUUAGGCGGAAUGAUGGGUGACAUGAUGAAGCCAUUGGACUCUAAAGGCGGAUUUGGGCAGUUUAACUCGAUGGGUGGCGGUCAUCCACAUUUGAAUGCCGCCCUUCAUCCCCAUCACGCCAUGAGCCAUUGGUAUCAAAACAGCACUCAUCCUCACGGCUUUGUAAGUGGCCCUCCGCCACCAGCGCCACCUCCAACCGCCUCCUACCACCAUCACAUGAGUUCCUUGAGUGCAGCGGGACUAGGACUCACGUCGAACGGCAUGGUAGGUCAUGGAUUUCAUUCUUGGUCUUCGGAUUAUUAAACUUGUGAGGUUCGUCUUAAUAAAACAUUACUAAUACGUUUUCCAUUGACCGCGCGGAUUUCCAGAUUUAACACUCCCGAACUGUUUUUUUUUUGUAUUGAAGAAUUUUUUUAUGUGUACUUUACUCUAGUAAUUGGUACGAAGUAACGGUUUUUCAUGAUAUCUACGCAAAGUCUACGACGUAAAGUCCAGCUUCGAGAAGGUGGAUCAAUAGAGUCAUUUUUUCUUUCAUUUCUUCCGGGUUGAAUUUAUUUCUCAGUCACGAAAUUUGUCAUCGGAUGUAACAAGAUUGGAAAAAUGUUGCUGUUUUUCUUUAUUUUAACCAGACUGUGUUAAGUUAAAAGUAGUAGAGUAGCCGGAACAAUCGAUGCUGCCUGCAAUUGACUUGGAAUAUGUCCAAAAUGUUAAUUCCAUGUUGCAUGCAAAAUCGUUGAUCAAUCGCAAAUGUGAUUGAACAGUGAAGCAUUGAAUUUAAAUAAAAGAUUGUUCAUUGAAAUCGUCGUUUUCAAAACUCCAAUAGAUUGUUUGACAGGAAGAAACAGACAUUUUUUCUGAAAAUCUACUGAAGCUUACCUCAGUUUCAUUAGUGUUUUGGGCAUUAUUUGUUCAAUGUUGGUUUAAAAAUCAUUAUACACAGUUUUACAAACAAACCAACCCUGGUAAGGGUACUAAUAUCUCGAGUUACAACAUAAUCGACAUUCUAUUAUAUGUAUAUAUCUAUAUUACGAAUUAUUUAAUCGAGUAACAAAGUCAAUUUAGAAUUUCUUUGCAAAUGUGCAGGGGAGGGGGACUUUCGAAAUAUUUUCAGCGGUACUCUAUGGAUGAUUUUUUUGAACUAAAUUAAUGUGCUAAGACUAUUAUGGAAAAUAUUAUUUAUCUUUUUACAGCGGGUUAAUACAACGGCCAUGAAAGCUUUGGAACCUUGACAUAAACAUAUCCAUGA